AUGCAUUGCAUGUCCAUCGCCUCAAGGUCAACGAUCGAACUCUUCAAUAGUUGUGAUCACACAUACUUGCCAUCCUCACCUGGGCAAUCCUUGACCACUUCAUACAGGGGUCACUCCCAAGACUUCGUCACAACCUCCACGCCUGUCUACUCACCAGGGCAUAUCGGCUACUUGCCUGAUAAUGACCAGUACAGAGUACUUGGACCACGCGUCCAAGACUUUUGAAGGCCUGUAAGGGUGCUGUUUCUGCUAUGGAUGGGUUGGGUUGGCAUCUAUAAACCAAUGUUCCAGCUCAACCCAUCCAAGUACCAUGGCACCAAGAAGGGUGGUCGGGUGAAUCCUGACAUUGACAUAUGGUUGUCUUCCUUCGACCAAGUGAUUAGAUGGAAUAGAACACCAUUUCGAUGAAGAGGAAAUCAAAGAGAUCGGAAAUAUGAAUAGUCUCCUCGAAGCAAUCGAUGGAUAAACGGAUUCCGUUGACGACGAUGUAACAGUUUUAGAAUAUCUCAGAACUGCAUUGAAUUUUCUGCACAGCAUUGUCUGUCUCUCGAUACUCACAGCUCAUCUUCGGAUCCAUCACUUUAAACUUCCUCUACCGUCCUUUAUUGAUUGAGAGACCACUUCAGUGGCAAUCUCUCUUGGUCUCGGUCAUUGAAAGAGUCUUCUAGAUUUUCUCGGAAGACCGGUCUACUCUCAGAGUGUACUGUCCCACCCAUUCUUCCGACAUCAAGAUCAUUCGAUGAUGCACCCUUCUCGUGGCGACACAAUCUCGGCAUGACAAUGGAGAAAAGUGACGAAGAGGCUAUAUCGCCAAAUCUAGCCUAUAGAGAGAAUGAGAAGACGGGAGGUUUCUUUCGACUUUUUAAGAGAGGUUCGCGGACCUUUCACAUCUCUACUAGGAAUAGACGUCACGUCCUGGGGGAUGAAACAAUCGUGGUGGAAAUCUGGCAUUACUGCUGCUGCAGAUAUUGUAUAUAAACCGUCAUAGGAAAUGAAAUGAGGUUUCCCGUAGCCGCUUCAGCGUGCGUCUCCAUAUGAU